ACAAUACUUACGGCGGCCGCGAUAGGUCAGCCCAGUAUCCGAUCUCGGUGGGCUGGAAGGCAGCGGCUACGAGAGCGGGCGAGGCUGGAGCUGGGAUCGCUAUGGAGACCCUCUACCGAGUGCCGUUUUUGGUGCUGGAAUGCCCCAACAUUAAACUCAAGCGGCCGAGCUGGGUGCACAUGCCCUCGGCCAUGACGGUCUAUGCGCUCGUGGUGGUUUCUUACUUCCUCAUCACGGGAGGAAUAAUUUAUGAUGUGAUUGUAGAGCCUCCCAGUGUUGGUUCAAUGACUGAUGAACAUGGACAUCAGAAGCCUGUGGCAUUCUUGGCAUACAGAGUAAAUGGACAAUACAUUAUGGAAGGGCUCGCGUCAAGUUUCCUCUUUACAAUGGGUGGACUUGGUUUCAUAAUACUGGAUCGUUCCAAUGCACCAAAUAUCCCAAAGCUGAAUAGAUUUCUGUUACUUUUUAUUGGAUUUGUGAGCGUCCUGUUGAGUUUCUUCAUGGCGAGAGUUUUUAUGCGGAUGAAAUUACCGGGCUACUUGAUGGGUUAGUGCCUUUUUGAUCGCUGCAGAUUGAAGAUUGUAUUUCCUUCUUGUUAGGAAGAAAGAAUGGAUAGCAAAAAAUACAUAGCCCCAUCAUUCCUAUCUAAAGCCACAAAAGAGAGAGAAUGAGUAAGACUAGCUAAAGGACUGUUUUCUCAUUUUCUCCUUAUAUAAAGAGGAUUUGUUGCAGGCAGUUUGUUUAACGAAUGUGUCCCUGGUUUUUUUUCAGUAUUUGAAAAAGAAACAUUCUCAUGUUAUCAGGCCUAAGAGUAUUAUGUCAGUACAAUAGAAUCGCAACUCUACAAUCCUGUUCCCUUCCUCAUCAACCUCAGAGUAAUAAAUCUGUACUUUCUUGUAACAUCCUGGCUUGGUCUAUCCUUGUGAGAGAAUCCAUUUUGAAAAUGUUGAAGGUAACAUUAACUUUUUUCCAUAUUUAUAAAUAACAACUCCUGGUCAGUGAUUGAUCAAGAAAACAGAAAAGUAACUAGUUUUGUGCUCACCUUUGGAUAAGCCAACCCAGAGGACAGAGCAGAUCCAAGUACUUACAAGAUACGAAAGAGAGGAGAGUUGAUGGAUUGUGGAGAAUGCCUGCAUAGGGGUACCACCUCCCUCUAGCAUUACUGGCAGUUGGUGCUUCAAAAUAUUCCAGGUAAUACAGUCUUCUAGCCACUUGCAAAGGCACUGAAAAAUAACUGUUCCUGCACAUGGAUUUAUAUCUGUUUUGUGUUGUGAAGAAAAGAUUACACUGACAUUCAUGUUAGUAGAUGAAUCUAAACAUAUGCAAAAGAAAACCCUGAAUUGUAUGAUAGUAAUUGUUUCUUUAAAUUUUUUGAAGAUAUUAAACAUUUUUCUAUUAAAACACU